AUGAAGUACCUCGCAUCUCUCGGAGCCCUCAUCGGCGCCGUCGCUGCACAGGCACCCAUCUACGGCCAAUGCGGGGGCGAGGGCUGGAACGGCGCGACGACAUGUGUCAGCGGCUCAGUAUGCACUGCUACGAACCAAUGGUACAGCCAGUGUCUUCCCGGAACGGCCGCGCCUUCGGUCACAACGACGCUCGUCACGAAGACGACUUCCACGGCCAAAUCCACCGCCACAGCAACCUCUCCACCUGCCAACUCUCUCGGCUGGAAGUGGUUCGGUGUCAACGAGGCCGGUGGUGAAUUUGGAGAGAAGACGCUGCCUGGUGUUUGGGGCACGGAUUUCAUCUUCCCUGACACAUCUACCAUUACUACUCUUCGAGGCCAGGGUUACAACACAUUCCGCGUCCAGUUUAAGAUGGAGCGCAUGACUCCAAACUCCCUGACGGCAGGCUUCAACACAGCCUACCUGGCAAACCUUACAACCGUUAUCAACCAUAUUACCUCAAGCGGAGGCUGGGCUGUAUUGGACCCCCACAACUACGGACGGUUCUACGACAACAUCAUCACUGAUACUGGUGCUUUCCAAACGUGGUGGAAGAACUUUGCCACCCAGUUCAAGAAUAAUGAUCACGUCAUCUUUGAUACGAACAACGAGUAUAACACUAUGGACCAGACACUUGUACUCAACCUGAACCAGGCCGCUAUCAACGGUAUCCGCGCAGCAGGAGCAACCCAGUAUAUCUUCGUCGAAGGAAAUCAGUGGUCUGGCGCCUGGUCGUGGGUGACAGUCAACGAUAACAUGAAGGCCCUCACCGACCCGUUGAACAAGAUUGUUUACGAAAUGCAUCAGUACCUCGACUCAGACAGCUCCGGUACAUCGGCAACGUGUGUUUCUGCAACUAUUGGCGUUGAAAGACUCACUGCUGCCACUAAUUGGCUGCGCCAGAAUGGUAAGGUUGGUAUCUUGGGCGAGUUCGCCGGCGGAGCCAACUCCCAAUGCCAGGCCGCCGUCAAGGGUAUGCUCGACUACCUCAAGGCCAACUCAGACGUCUUCGCCGGAGCUCUCUGGUGGUCCGCGGGAGGAUGGUGGGGUGAUUAUAUCUACAGUUUCGAGCCUCCCUCUGGCACGGGUUACACGUAUUACAACUCCUUGUUGAAGGGGUAUGUUGCGUGA